CCUCCGAUGACUGAUGACUCUGCUGAACCCCGCACGCGUGUCUUUCGAACUUUCGACCCAAUACUUGGAAAGGUAGGUACUUAAGGAUAUAAGAUACAAUUGAACUGGUACCAGCCAGAGAUAUCUUCUAAAACAUGGACGCCGUAUCAUUCUCAUCUAGCAAGCCGCAAUUCCCCAAGAAGAAGUGCGGUGUCCUUGGAGCAACAGGCUCUGUCGGCCAACGAUUCAUCCUUCUUCUUGCUUUACAUCCUCACUUCACUCUUCAUGCAGUGGGUGCCUCAGAGCGAUCGGCAGACAAAAAGUACAAAGAUGCGGUACGGUGGAAGCAGGCAUUACCGAUGUCGAAAGAACUGGGUGAGCUGGUAGUGAGGCGAUGCACGCCAGAAGAAUUCAAAGACUGCGACCUGGUAUUCUCCGGGUUAGACAGCGAUGUCGCAGGAGACGUUGAAAUGGCAUUUCUCAAAGCCGAACUCGCAGUUUUCUCCAAUGCUAAGAACUAUCGUCGCGAUCCCCUCGUCCCUCUCGUCGUUCCGACCGUAAAUCUUCCUCAUCUCGACGUUCUCACGCACCAGCGCAAACACUAUAAUCUGAAGAAAGGCUUCUUAGUCUGUAACUCGAACUGUGCAGUCAUAGGGCUCGUCAUUCCAUUCGCGGCACUACAGGCUAAAUUCGGCCCGGUCGAUUGUGUGAGCGUCGUCACCAUGCAAGCCGUGUCGGGAGCAGGAUAUCCCGGUGUAAGCAGCAUGGACAUCAUAGAUAACGUAGUGCCAUUAAUAUCUGGCGAGGAAGAUAAGCUAGAAACUGAAGCACAGAAGAUUCUAGGGAAUGUCAACAGCGACAUCACAGGGUUUGAGGACCAGAGAGAUCUGCGGGUGAGUGCGGCGUGCAACAGGGUACCUGUGCUAGAUGGCCACACCGCUUGCGUCAGUUUGAGAUUUGCGAAGAGACCUCCUCCAAAUGCGGAUCAGGUCAAGGCUGCGAUGCGGGAGUAUGUGAGUGAGGCUCAGAAGCUAGGAUGUCCGAGUGCGCCCAAGAAUGCGAUCGUAGUUAUGGAGGAGCCCGAUCGGCCUCAACCAAGAUUAGACAGGGAAACCGACCGAGGCUAUGCAGUCAGUGUAGGUCGCAUCCGGGAAGAUGAGAGUAGGAUUUUCGAUAUCAAGUUUGUUGCGUUGAGUCAUAACACUGUCAUUGGCGCUGCCGGGUCUUCAAUAUUGAAUGCUGAAGCGGCUGUGCUCAAAGGAUACGCGUAGAUGAACUCUGGCAAUUGCAUGUGGAUGAAUUGGAUUAUUAGAAUUAUAGCAUAUAGAUAAAAGCAUAAUACUAGUUGUUGAACUCUG